AGACAGCUGUAAGCCCGCGCAACACAAGUCGCUGUGGCUGUACAAGUGGGUUUCUUAUUAGAAAAUGUUCGUGUGUCUGACAAACGGGAUUCAAAUUGUUGCAUCAUGUUGAUAAGCCCGGAACAGGAGGCACUGAUUGAUCGGGUGUUUGAAACCUAUCUGACAGAUCAUCAUCACAAUGACAUUCUCCAACUUAUUGAAGAGACUGAAGAUAAUGAAGACACUCAUCGCCCUCUAGUGGUUAAUGCCAUGACAUUGUUUGAGGCCAAUAUGGAGAUUGGGGACUAUUUCAAUGCAUAUCCCACUGAUGUCCUGGCUAUAUUUGAUAAAGUAUUAAACAGAAAAGCCAAAGCGGUAACAGACGACGGCUCACUCAAACAUAAUGAAGGGCAAAGAAAACAAGAACAGAGAUUGGUCCACACUCUUCAUGCUCGCAUCACAGGUCUGCCAGUAUGCCCAGAGCUGACAAGAGAUACAAUUCCUAGGACUAGAGAUGUAGGACACUUUUUGUCUGUAACUGGUACUGUAAUACGUACCAGUAUUGCCAAGGUUCUGGAAUAUGAGCGUGAUUACAUGUGCACAAAGUGUCGUCAUGUUUUCACAGUGCAGGCAGAAUUUGAGCAAUUCUACACGUUUGUCCCACCCGUAGCCUGCCCUAACCCUGAUAGCUGUAACUCAUAUAAAUUCACUUGUCUGUCUGAAGGAUCUGAGCCUGCUGCUUGCAGGGAUUACCAGGAGAUCAAAAUUCAAGAGCAGGUGCAGAAACUUUCAGUGGGCAGUAUUCCUCGUUCUUUAUUGGUAGUUCUGGAGAAUGACCUCGUCGACAGUUGUAAAUCUGGAGAUGAUGUCACUGUUUAUGGAGUGAUGUGUCUGCGCUGGAAAACAUUUUAUGAUGGCGCACUUUGUGAUGUGGAGUUGGUCCUCAAAGCUAAUAACAUAGAGGUAAACAACCAGCAGGCUGCUGCUGGACAGCUUGUAAAGGAUGCUCAGGAAGAAUUUGAAGAAUUCUGGAAUAGCUACAAACAUAAUCCUAUAGCUGGUAGGAACCAUAUCUUAUUGAGCCUGUGUCCACAGGUUUUUGGCAUGUAUGUAAUUAAACUGGCAGUGGCCAUGGUCUUGGCCGGGGGAGUUCAGAGAAUAGAUUCUUCUGGGACCAAAGUUAGGGGCGAGUGUCAUAUGUUGCUGGUUGGUGACCCAGGCACAGGGAAGUCUCAGUUCCUGAAGUAUGCUACCAAGAUUAUGUGUCGUUCUGUACUCACAGCUGGAAUUGGCUCAACAAGUGCAGGACUGACAGUAGCAGCUGUGAAGGAUGGAGGUGACUGGCACCUGGAAGCAGGAGCCCUGGUCUUGGCAGAUGGUGGUUUGUGCUGCAUUGAUGAAUUCAACAGCAUCAAGGAGCAGGAUCGCAUCAGCAUCCAUGAAGCUAUGGAGCAACAAUCUAUUAGUGUUGCUAAAGCUGGCAUGGUGUGUAAACUGAAUACCAGAACUACCAUUCUGGCAGCUACCAACCCUAAAGGCCAGUAUGAUCCCAACGAGCCACUGUCUGUGAACGUAGCUCUGGCCAGUCCUUUGCUAAGUCGUUUUGACCUGGUUUUAGUUCUGCUGGAUACCAGAAAUGCAGAGUGGGACCACAUCAUCUCCUCUUUCAUUAUGGAGGACAGAGGACUACCUGAUCAGUGUUCGAGUCUGUGGUCUAUGGAAAAAAUGAAAGCUUAUUUCAGCCUGAUUAAACAUUUAAAACCAGUGAUGUCAGAAGAAGCCAACUGUAUACUGACACGCUACUACCAGCUACAAAGACGGAGUGACGGCAGCGGUGCUGCCCGCACAACUAUUCGCACAUUGGAGAGUCUGAGCAGGCUGGCUGAAGCCCAUGCCAAGCUCAUGUACAGAGAGACAGUUACCAUAGAAGACGCUGUCAUUGCUGUUUCUGUUAUGGAGUGCUCUAUGCAGGGUGGCGCUCUGCAGGGAAAUGUGAAUACUUUAUUUACCUCAUUUCCUGCUGACCCUGUUGAGCAGUAUCAAACUCAGUGUCAGAUACUGCUCGAAGGACUGAACCUCCCACUGUUCCUUAAGAAGGAGAGAGACAGACUAUCCAGGUGA